AUGGGUAAUUCGAAUAGUUCUAAACUACGCCAACGAUCUGAAUCAAUGCAAAUAAAGAACAGCUCAGAACAGUCGUUUAAUAAGAGCAAGUCAAUGGUUGAAUUAGCGCCGAAGAAGGCUCGUCAACCAUCUGGGAAUGGCAAAGAUCGUGAUAAGCCAAGAUUACAAUCAAAAGAUUCAACGAAAGCAAGUGUUUCACGUCAAAAGUCCAUCCGACGAGAUAUUUCCCAUCCAAUAUCUCCACAAGGCCGAGAGAUUAUCACAACUUGCUUCGAAAAUCCACAUUCUGAAUUUGCGAAUAAGGUCUUACAACGAAUCUUCGAAAAACGAGGAGACUAUCAGAACUAUGUUUAUUCGAUGGGAAAAGAACGUUCAUAUAACAUGAGCUGUGAAUUGAAAACACUUAUCGAAGAAGUUGUGGAUAAGCUUUAUGAUCCUGAAUACAUUGCCGAAAUUUCUCGGAAGUAUGGUGAAGAUCAUGUGGAGUUGAAACAGUUUGGAUUUAAACCAGAUUUCUGGGUUGCUAUUGCUGAUGCAAUUACCGUAGAAGGAGUUAUAUUGGAUAUGGCUAAUCAUCAGCCGGCAGAUACAGUAGCAGCAUGGUCAUCAUUGGUCACUCUCAUGUUUUCUGCAGUUCGAGAUGGGUAUUACACGGCGUUAAGAAAACAUCGAAUGUCGUCACGUAGGAUCCUGCAACGACAGAAAACAAUUGAUUCGCAGGAUCAUAAUGAGCAAUCUAAUGAAUCAAAUAACAUAAUGACGUCAUCGUUAAAUCACAAUGUAAAACGAUUGUCAACAGUCUCGAAUGGUUUAUCAGCUCCAGCAAUAUCAUCCAGAAGUCAUUCAUUAACCUCAAAUGAAUCAAAUGGUGGAACACUUCCAAGAACAACUGGAUCAAUUAACAUCAUGGCUCCAGUUGUCAGUUCAACAACUACAACAAGUAUAUAUAAUGGUGGACAAGCCCUAGUUACAUAUCGUCAACGGCCAAUAUUCGAAUGA